CUCCGCUGCCUUCCACGAUGCGCUCGCCGGCGGCGAUCCCAUCGCUAUCGUCGCCCCUUGAGCUUACCUUUUCUCCGUAUCCGAUGCAACUGUUCACAUUCAGGUUUAACACUCGAACUCCGGUGGGAACACCACUGCCGGCGGAGGAGACGGAGGUCUGAGUCCACAUUUUACUCUUCUCUUUGGACCGGCCGCCCGGUCCGCCGGAUCUGCCAGACGGGGCUGGACCGUGCGAGAUGCACUCCUCCACGGCCCGGGCUGGCAGCCCACCUCCGGCCUCCGCCAGACUCUCCGCGGGAGUUGCUUCGAGAGCAGGGGGCGCUGCUGACUUUUCGACCGGAGACAGAUCCGAUCGAUCGAGGACGGCCGCCGGCUGACUGGCUCCGGGUGAAGGGCCAGAUGUUGAGGUUGAUGUUGAGAUCGGCGCUGCUUCUGCGGUCCUUCUUCCGCAAGUUCUUUUCAUGGUCCUUUUCACCGGAUUUCUUUUCCGGCGCCGCUUUGAAUAAGUCUUUCCAUCGCCUGGAAAUGGACGACGACGUUGAAGAGGAGGACAAGAGGAUGGAAGAUGGCGACGGGGCCGGUUCGGCCGGCGGGGCCGUUGGUGGGGAGGAAGGGGGUUGCGCUCGGCGCUCGGUGGAUGGGAGGGAGAGGAGUUGGAGUGGGAGGAGAACGCCGUCGAGAAAUAGCUCAUCGGCGGUGAGGAGGUUGGAGGGCGGGAAGGAGGGAUUGCGCACCAUCCAGAACUCGAACUCCGGGGAGGAAGGACUGGUGUUGCUGCGCUGUCUCGGUGCUUCUUCCACUUCCAUUUUCCUUCUCUUUCCUCGUUUUUAGCUCUCGAUCUCUUUCAACUAUUACGAAACUCCGAGAUGAUGAGAAGAAGGACGGCGAGGAAAAAACAGGGGAAAUGGCCCUGCUUUUGCUGUUCGUGGUGGGCUGCUUAUCUGCUCUGCUUUUGGGUAGUUAAAUGGUAGAAGUGAGGCAUUGGGGGUGAAUGAUGAGAGAGUGUAA